AUGUUGUGGCGGAACGGUUAUCUGCUUCAGGGCGGACUGAUCCUCAUCGCGAUCGGUCUGUUCCAGCUCAAUACCAUCGCGCGGCGUGAGAUCGGGCAAGACUCGGUCCCUGUGCGACGCGUUGACCGGCCCAAGGGCUAUGUCCUGAGCAAGGAGCCCCAGCAUGUCGAUGUGCUUGUCGUGGGUGCCGGGCACGCAGGCCUCUCCAUGGCUGGACGCCUUCAGCGGGCUCGGAUCCCGUACGUCGUGCUGGAAAAGGACGUUCCCGGCUCCUCGUGGGCCCGCCGCUACGAGCGCCUGCAUCUCCAUACCGUCCGAGACAUUUCCGAGCUGCCCGACAUGCCCUUGCCCGAUUACUUUCCCGAGUACCUUUCCAAGGAUCAGGUCGCUGCAUAUCAACGUGCCUAUGCCGAAUUGCACAAUGUGCGCCGCCACACCGAGGUCUACCAGACGGGCGCGGCGUUUGCCAAUCAACGUGUGCUCGUCGUUGGGUUUGGCAACUCGGGAAGCGAGCUGGCUCUGGACUUGUGGGAGCAUGACGCCAAACCCACGGUGCUGCUGCGGUCCGCCGUACACAUGGUCCCUCGCUGGGUGACCCGCAUUGUGGGCCACCUCUUUGACCUGAUGCAUCGCAUACCUCCGGCACUGCAUGGAGACUCUGGCCCUCUUUACAAACUCAUCUGGGGUGACGUGGAACAGUAUAAUGUUACGCUCAAGCAGUCAAACAUGAUGCUCGAUUUCGUGACCCACCAUCGUGCGCCUGUACAAGACAUUGGCACCAUGGAGCUCAUCCGACGUGGUGAUAUUGCCGUGCUCAAGUCAGAGGUCGACCGCUUUGCCGGAGCCAAGACGGUGGUCUUCAAGGAUGGUCAUUGUGCCGACUUUGAUGCCGUGCUUUUGGCAACCGGCUACGACUACGAACAUGGUCCCUUUGCCAGGUUUUUGUCGGAAAAUAUUACCACUCAACUCUUGGACGAACACGGGGUUAUCCAUUCGGGCGUGGAGUGUGCUGUACAGCCGCGGCUGUACUUUGUGGGCUUUGACGACUACAUCGGCCGUCUUGCCGAGAUGAAUCUUGAAACGCAGUUUAUCCUCGGUGAUCUCAAAGCAAAACACUACGUGCAGUAG